AUGGCGCGCGGCCCUUCGAUCUUGUCGCUGCUUCUACUGGGAGUGUUUUGCAAGUCUGUCUUGGACUUCACGCUUUUCGCUGGCCGAAGCGUCAAGGGAAGAACCGCCCUCUCUGCUGCCAAAAAAGAAGGUUUGGAGUAUCUCUUCGUCGGCAAGGACACCAAGACGGGCAAACUGGGCCGAGUGAUUUGCGAACUCUCGCGCGACAAGCUGCCGGUGCGCCUGCAGGCCGUUGGCAACCUGUCCAUCCAAACCGCCGUGCGCUCGGUGAUCAGGGCAGAAGGUUUCCUAAACAACGAAACCUCCGAUGGCUACCAGGAGCCAACGGCUCUGUGGGUGCAUUCCGCUUGGCACGUGGUCACUGAGAAUGCAAACACCAACGUGAAGGAUAGGUUCAGCAACGGGACGACGCUGUUGGAAAUGGUCGUAGAACCCAAGCCGAUCGUGGACGAGGAGACUGAGGUAGUACUGAAGGUGGGAAGGAGCACCGAACGAGCCAAAUUGGCGUCCGCGAUUUCUGUGAACCUUCAGCAACACAAGAAGAUCCAGCUGUCCUUCGUGCCCGACACGGUGCCGAUGGUCAUGAAGACCCUGCCGCGUGCCGAGAAGAUCUUGGAGUAUGCGGAGAAUGAUCCAGAGAGGUCAAAGAUUCUGUUCAGACCCGCUUUCAAGGUGGUGACGCCUGAUGAAGCGACGGGCCUGUCGGAGUUCACCAUGAUGCGCUUGGAAUUGAUCCCCCCUUCGCUGUUGGUGGGCCCCGGUCCUUUGGACUCACCUGAACGUCGGGGGUCCCUGGAUGAACGCCGAAAAUCCCUGGUGACUGGCAAGUUCUGGUGUGCACACAUGAGGGUUGCUUGGGAGAUCGGCUCCAAUGGCAAGCGCUUAAAAUCUCCCUUGCUGCGUGUGGUGGUUCAAGAGUUGAUGACAACCAAGGCAGCGCCAACGGGCGGAUGGCUACAACCACCACAGGGUUUGCCACUGCCGCAGCCCAUCCUGAUGCCAACACUGAAUGCCUUUGAUGCUCCAGCGACACUGGAGCAACAGGCUGACCUUGCCAACAAAGCCAAGCAGAUCGAGGUUUUACAGCAGCACGUGGCCUACCUGCAACAGAAGGUCAUGGCCGAACGAGCUCCAAUACCUCCGGCCCCUGAAACCUUGGCGCGCUUGAUGGAGGAGGCCCAAAAGGCUCCCAGUCUGCCAGCCUUAAGGGAGAAUUUCCGGGUUGCGGAGGAGAGCGGCUCUGAUAUCUACAGGUGGUUCAUGCGCGAGGGCACCAAGAUCAAGAACUGCGAGGAAAACAGCCGGCCCCUGUUCCACUUGAUCCAGACGUUGGGCACUUACCAAAACAAGGUGAAAAGCCUGGAAACUCGUUGGCAACAGUUGGAGGCAUUACUUGCGUCCGAUGCCAAGGCUGACCGAAGCCGAUGGCCAGCAUCGCCAUCCCAAUGGUCCGCUUCACCAAUGCCAUCCUCCCCGCAGAAGCAGGACCUUUGUCCUGCAGGGCACGCGGUGCAGCACGUGACCACUGCAAAGGAUGGGAUCAUUUGCCAAGUGUGCAAUGCCAUCCAUGCGAGGGGUAGUAUGAUGGUCAGAUGUGAGCAUUGCAAUUUCGACGCCUGCAAUCGAUGUCUGAAAGAGGCUCCGCCCUUGGCGCCCCUGGCGCCAGAGCGCGUUAUCCAAGCAGAUGUGCGUCAGCCCAGCACCAUUCCCGAGGACUCCGUCGAUGCUGGAUCCCCUGGGUCCCCUGCAGCUACACCCAAGUCCCCUCGGGGAGCAUCACCCACACCUGUUGGGCCACAGUACACCAGCUUUCACAUCAAGGAGUGA